UUCCUUUAGUGCACGACAAAAAGAAGAUGAAAAGGACGUGUUAAGUUUAAGGCAGAGUUGAAGCUGCUCUGCCAUUGUGAAACCGUGUAUAUAUAUAUAUUAUAAGGAUGACAGCAGUUCCUUUGCCAAAAGUGUUCUGGCAUCACUCACCUUUCAUUUUAUAACUGUCAUCGACGAUUACAGAAGUGAGAUAAAACAAUGUUCCAGUUUUCGUUGUCGCCGUCACCGUCGUCUUUUGCCGCGCGAUAAAAUUCUUUCAAAUAACGAUUUUGCAAGUGCGCAAGUUUGGCCAUGACACGACUGUGUUUCCAUGCCAGAGGAAUGCAUUGCAGCGCCAUCUCGUCAUACAGAUUAUCGUGCUGCAUGAUCUGUAGUGAAUUGAGACCUCGGAUAUAGCACGUGUGGCUGUGCAUUUCGGUAGUAGAUCGGUGUGACGUCCAAUCAACCAGUGAAUCUCUACGAAAAAUGCUGUAUUAACUCUAGCAAACAUAUAAGGUUACUACUCUCAGAUUGUCACGUGUUUUGUUUGAAGCGGUUCUGAUCUUCAAUUAACAAAGCCUAGCUAUGUUAAGUAAAGACUAUCUAUGCGGGGUGAGAGGCUUACGGCCGGGUUGGAUGCAAACUUUGGCGUCAACUAAAAUCUAUGCAUUGGUUUUUGCCGUCCUUGGCAUUUUUCAAAGCGCUUAUCGUUCUUACCUCAUCGGCACCCUAUCAACAGUAGAGAAGCGGUUCUCCAUGUCAUCAAAGCAGUGCAGUAUGAUUAUGAUUGGGGACGACAUCUCACCUAUAAUUGCCUCUAUAUUCAUCAUGUUUUUCAUGAAGGACUCCUCAAAAACAGCAUGGAUAUCUGUAGGCAUGAUUAUGUCCGGACUUGGAUGUGCAGUCAGUAUGCUUCCCUUCUUCUUGUUCGGAGCUGCUACCCACUACGGGACAUCAAAAGCAAAUGAAACGCUGGUCCCUCAUUUACAGCCAACAGUUGUACCGGCAGUUCCAGUUGAACUAUGUGCAGAAGAUCGAUAUGAGGAUCCUAGAUGCGAGUUGCACGGCGACGACGGCUCGUUUUCGGCAAUCCCGCUAUGGAGUUUAUUUUUUGGAAAUUUCUUAAACGGAAUCGGUGGAACUGUUUACUAUGUUCUAGGUACGGCUUAUCUAGACGAUAAUGUUAAAAAGAAGAACAGCGCUAUUUACUUAGGCGGCGUGUAUUUUGUGCGUAUGUUGGGUCCGGUCCUAGGCUUUAUGCUUAGUUCGCGCACGCUGCGGCAAUGGGAAAGUCCGUCUGGUUCUAGCGGAGGUCUUACUCCAAAGGAUCCCCGUUGGAUUGGUGCAUGGUGGAUGGGUUACAUCGUGAUCGGAAUCGGCCUGACCGUGAUGGGGAUACCUAUACUAUUAUUUCCCAAAAAGAUUCGUGCGAAGUCCGAGGCUAACAACAGAGACCGAAAAAAAAAUAAAUCGUUAACAGGCGACCUGCGCAGUACGCUGUCAGCUUUAAUGCGGAUUGUCAAAUGUCGGGUAUUCAUGUUUCGGCUUUCAGGUUUUACAGUGGGCUAUAUCGCAUUAGCCGGCUAUUAUAUCAACUUCCCAAAAUACCUAGAACAUCAGUUUCAGCGUACGGCUCCUCAGGCCAGUACUAUUACCGGACCCGUGUACCUGCUUUCGAACGCUGUCGGUAUUGCAGUCGGUGGAACUAUAACACAUUUCUUCAAGCCUCGUCCGCAACUGGUGGCGUUGCAUUCGUUUUUGGCAUACGUGCUUGCCACAGCUGGGUUCUAUUUACUGCUAAAAAUCGAUUGUCCAGUUAUGGAAACAAUUCUUAGUAAUUGUAUCGGCUGCAACUGUUCCGUCUCACUGUACACUCCCGUGUGCGAUACCGUGUCCCAAAGACAGUACUUCUCCCCAUGCUUCGCUGGGUGCACGCAAAUUCAGAAUGGAUCCAAGUCAUACUAUGAUUGUUCCUGUCUUGACAUGACGUUUGGAUCUACGUCGUUCACGUACAUCAAGGGGCAAACGCCUGAAGUAUUUCCAGGCAGAUGCUCCGCAGAAUGUGAAACGCCGCUACUGACGUAUAGUGUUAUAGUCUUUUCUAUUCAGGUAAUUCUAUCAACAACGUACGUUGGAGGAAAUCUAUUGUCACUACGCUCGAUUCUACCCGAAGACAAAAGCGUGGCACUAGCCUUCCAGAGUGUCGUCCUAAACAUAUUUGCGUUUAUCCCGUACCCAAUCAUAUUUUCGUUUAUCAUGGAUAUUUCGUGCGCCGUCUGGGAAGACAAGUGCGGCAAGACCGGGGCCUGUUGGAUCUACAAUUUGCCUAAAAUGAGAACGUGGAUGCACAUCGUCUCGUUGAUCCUUCUGACCAUCUGUUCGGCGUUCCAAUGUUUUGUAUUUAUAUUUAGCGGGAAAAUCGUAAAUUUUUACGAUGAUCCCGAGGAUCGAAAGGAAAAGGAACAGUCUAAUACAGGGCCGAGUGCCCACAAAUCUAAGGGGAAGUGCAAACCUGGGGAUCGUGAUAAACCAGCUACGACACUACAUAUUAAUUUGUUCAACGUCGCACCCUCCGAGGGCACUGACUUAGUGUUUAUCGCCGCCCAGGAAACGACGCAUAGCCUGACGUUUUGUGAUUCCGGUGACAAUGAUGAAAAUCAAGAGCUUAUGAAUAUUGAACAUCGGAAUUGUUAGUCAUGUCACGAAAGAGCCCUUACUUAUUAUCCCAGUUGAUUUUUAAGACAUUAUAUAUAAUAACUUAAUUAUCUCAUGGUAAUGAUAUGGACGGUUGAAGCAACAAAGUAGUUUUUCAUUUACCAGAAUAGAAUAGCUAAUUACAUAAUUUGUUCUAGCUAAAUAUAUGUCAAUUGAAUGAGCAAAGUGAAAUGUAUGCGUGACUAAUUUCCACUGCGUGCACGAUAACAUCGAUGCGGGGGAUUGUACGGAGUUCAUAACAUUUCAACUUGAAGGGUGAGUUUUCUACAUAUUAACCCUUCGAGAAUUGUGUUAAAUGCUUUUGCUUUUUUUCUUCUAGAGCACAGCUGUGUUUGGCUAUAUCUCGUCAAACUUCAGUUGGCUCUUGGGCAUACGGUAGGCGAAAUUAACAAAUAAUAACCCAAUUCCUGUCAUGCAUCUAACGAAAGCAGGACGUUAAUCCACAGCUACUUAUUACGUUACGUCCCCAAGAAUGUAUGAUAACAUGCAGUAGCUCGUGCACCAAUGAAUACUCAUGCUUUUUUUUCAGCAUGAGAACGCUAUAAUUGCAGAUCCUACGAGUGCGCUUCUUGGAUCUCGAAGCCAUCAGGCCUAAAAGUAAAAAAAAAAGCAAGACUCUAAUAUAGGCAAUAAUAAUAGGCAAGACUAAAGAACUGACUGAAAAUUUUAUAUUCACGUAUAAAUAUUUCAAGCUGAUAACACCUAGUCACUGCCCGUGAUGACGAAAGUCACAGCUUCUAGCUUAGGCACUGGUCGCACCAAAUUUGUAAAAAUAAAAAAUUACCGUUUUGACUUGAGAAUUGCUAGUUUUAAAGGAACAAGGUAAAGAAAUCGCUGAAGUCUCUAUAUGAACGUGUAGUAAUUCAAAGUUUUUUGUUUUUAAUAAAGGUUUGCCAAUUAGAAUUAGUUUGAAAAGUUAUUGUAACAAGUGGCGUCGCCUUAGCGCCCGGAUUAAAACAGGCAAAUUAUACAAAAUUGGUGGACCCAUUUGUUUCGAUUUAAAUUACAGGCUUUAUACUAUUUCCAGCACCAGUCUUUUUCUGGUUGUCCUGUGAUUAUUGUUUGGCUCUUAACGCACUAGUGCGAAUUAUUAUGGUUUAUCUAAUAGGUAUUUAGAAGUGCUUCGAAAAAUGCUCGAUAUU